UUUCCCAGCGCUGAGCUGGCAGUGAGUUCCCUCCCCUCCCUCAUUUCUCUAUGUGAGUGAGGCGAGCGCGAGUGCCUGCAUUAGCCGUGCGAGCCGAGCUGAGCUGAGCGAGCGAAUGAGUGAUUGAGUAAGUCAGUCUCUCUCUCUCUCUGUCGAGUAUUGUGUGCCUCGUAACGCUUCUCGAGACUCACGCCGAGCUCCAGCCCUACAGUCACUCACACCGCCGGAGACGUAAAGACGACUAGCAGCUGCAACGAAACAGAGCCUAAAGCUGGUGAAGAUUUCCCAGGCAAGCAACGCGAACAGUUUAACGGUGAGAGCUAAGCGGCUUGACCAGGUGAAGCAGGAGCAGUGAUGGCCCAGAGCAAUGGGGAUAACCCGCGAUCUCGCAGCAGGAUGGAGCAGCUCCAGCAAGGCAUCCGAAAGCGCUCCCUCCGCGCCAAGAAGAAGGUGGAGAACAUCACCAAAGACGACGUCAAAAGCUUCUUGAAAAGGAAUGCAUUUGUCUUGUUCACCAUCACCGCAGUUAUUGUUGGUAUAAUGCUUGGAUUUGCUCUUCGACCUUAUCACAUGACCUACCGUGAAGUGAAAUACUUCUCAUUUCCUGGUGAGCUGCUUAUGCGCAUGUUGCAGAUGCUGGUCCUUCCAUUGUUAGUUUCAAGUUUAAUAACAGGAAUGGCUGCUCUUGACAGCAGAGCCUCAGGAAAAAUGGGAUUAAGAGCAGUGGUGUACUACAUGACUACAACCAUUGUGGCAGUCUUCAUUGGGAUUAUAAUGGUCCUCAUCAUUCAUCCUGGCAAAGGAUCAAAAGAUGAAUUUACCAAAUCACAGAAAAUUGAGCAAGUCUCACCAGCCGAUGCUUUUCUGGAUUUAAUCAGAAACAUGUUUCCUCCUAACCUGGUGCAAGCUUGUACACAACAGUUUAAAACACAAUAUGGGAAGAGAAUCAUCCAUGUUAAAAUGACAGUUAAUGACUCAAUUUUCAACCUCACAAACAUCACCCAAGAAAUACAAAGGGAAGAAAUCAUUCCUAUUCCUGGAACAGUUAAUGGUGUAAAUGCAUUGGGUUUGGUGGUGUUCUCCAUGUGCUUUGGGCUGAUCAUUGGCAAUAUGAAGGAGCAAGGCCAACCAUUGCGAGAUUUUUUUGACUGCCUUAAUGAAGCUAUCAUGAGACUUGUGGCGAUCAUCAUGUGGUAUGCUCCACUUGGCAUCCUCUUCUUGAUUGCUGGGAAGAUUGUAGAGAUGGAAGAUAUUAAUAUGGUUGGGGGACAACUAGGAAUGUACACAAUUACCGUCAUCAUUGGUCUACUAAUUCAUGCCGUUUUAGUCUUGCCUACUCUCUACUUUGUAGUAACACAUCGGAAUCCAUUUGUGUUCAUUGGUGGGUUGCUACAAGCUCUUAUUACAGCUCUUGGAACAUCAUCCAGUUCUGCAACUCUCCCAAUCACAUUUAAAUGCCUUGAAGAAAACAACAAAGUAGACAAACGUGUAACCAGAUUUGUCCUACCAGUAGGAGCUACAAUUAACAUGGAUGGUACAGCUUUGUAUGAAGCUCUAGCAGCCAUUUUCAUAGCACAGGUUAAUGGAAUGGAUUUGAAUUUCGGACAGAUCAUCACCAUCAGUAUUACAGCCACAGCAGCCAGUAUCGGAGCUGCAGGGAUCCCUCAAGCUGGGCUUGUUACAAUGGUCAUUGUGUUGACUUCUGUGGGUCUACCAACUGAUGACAUCACACUAAUCAUUGCAGUGGAUUGGUUCCUGGACCGGCUGCGCACCACAACAAAUGUGCUGGGUGAUUCAAUUGGAGCUGGAAUUGUGGAAUAUCUGUCCAGGCAUGAGCUGCAAACAAAAGAUGCAGAAAUGGGAAACUCAGUUGUUGAAGAAAAUGAAAUGAAGAAACCGUAUCAACUGAUUACUCAAGAGAAUGAAAACGAAAAACCACUAGACAGCGAAACCAAGAUGUAGUGUUUUGAAGUGUGUGUGUAUGUGUGUAUGUGUGUGUGUGUGUGUAUGCUGCUUGUGGGGACUGGAUAAAGGAUUUUUUCCCUGUGUCAAUAUGUUUAAAGGGAAUCAGGUUUGUUUUGUUUUAGAUUAUUUUUCCAGUUGAUUGGUCACAUAUACAGUAAGAAAUUCUAUAUAAUCUGUAUAUUUACUGUGAGGCUUGAAAGCUUACUGAUUAUCAAUUAAGAUACUAAAAAGUGAACAACCCCCUGUAGUUUCUCGUUGUAAUAAUGAAUUGUUUCGAGUGCCAGUUUUAGUUAUGAAAGGUGGUUUUAUUGAGUGUUCUAGGUUUACACAAUAUUUCUGUGCUAGCAAUGCUGUAGAUGUCAUUCAUUUUAAUGUAUAGUAGUGUGAUAUAAUGUGAUAACAUGAUUUAAGUGGCAUUUUUAAUGUUUUUUUUUUCCUUUUUUUUCCCCAAGAUAUCAAUAAAGACCUGAACAUUUUUGUGUUAUAGUUCUUGCCCAGAGCACAAUCACAAAUUACCUGUUCUUUUUUUUUUUAUUAUUUAAUUUACAACAAAUGUCUAAAAUCUUACACUAUUUGAUUUUUUUUUGUAUGUUGGAAAAAAUAACACCAGAUUCAGAAGUGAGUGUGCUCUAAAUUCAGAAGGCUGUAUCAGGUGUUGAUUGAAAAGGGAUGGUGUGAGGACACAGGAUGGUUAUUUAUGAUAAAGGUAAAGGAUGUUUGUAGGUUUAUAGAUGUGUGUUGUUUUUUCAAGCAUUUGUGCCACAUAUUCAGAUUAUAUUCAGGUCUACCCAUACAUAAAAACAAGUUUAAAUAUAUGUAAAUAUAUCUUCAGCUGAAAAGUCCUUCAUAGACAGAGAACAGAAUUUUAUAUUUGGGUGAGCUUUAUAAAUUGUAAUGGAGUUUUAUUUUAAGAUUUUUUUUUGAAGUUUAAAUUACAAAAAAGAUUAUUUUUGUUAAACAAACAGAAGGCUACAAUAUACCUGUGAAGUCUCCAUGUUGUAUACUUAUGUGAUCAAAAUAGUCAAAGUUUAAACACACGGCUGUAUGUGUGAUUGACAUACAAAACAAACAUUUUUUAAAGGAUUUUGUGUUUUGGAGUAUAUUUUUGUAUAGAAUAGGCAAGCUGUGCCUUCUAACAAUUGUGGCUACUUUUUUGAAAUUUAUAAAUAGAUCUCUUUAUGAUUUUUUAUUUUGCUAACUGAUGUUCUAGAAUGUAGGAACAUAUUUUCUAAAAUUUUUUAUAGAAAAGUAUCAUGAGGUGGUACUUGCAUUCAAAACAUUAACUUUUAGAAAAUCUAAAGUGGUUUACAUGUGAAUCUAUGCUGUAUAGCUGAUGCAUCAUUGUUUGUUUUAUUUACAUAACUUAAAUGAAUUAUUCUGUCAUAUCACUUGAUAGCAAAUUAUAGAACCUUGUGUUAUGAUCUUUAAGAACUAACUGUUAAGAAAACCCAAGUUAUGGCUCUCUAUUUACAUUUGGAUGUAUAUGUAAGUGUGGCAUAAGUUGACUGCUAAAAAAUAGAUUUGUCUUCUGUAAAAAAAAAAAAAAUA